AUGUGGAGACGUCGCGACAAGACUAAGUCAGAGCUUGAAAAGGGUGAGGGAGCCCUAGGCUCACAUGAACUUUUCAUGAAGCGCCCCGAGAAGGCUGUAUUGACCCAGCCAGCUAGCGACGCCGCAAGAUCUAAACCCCAGGGCCCGUCUGUUACGUUCACACCAGCCACGCCUCAGCCUGGAGAAUUCAGUCAAAAACCACGGUUAAACAGUGGUUCCGAGUGCACCCUCACGGCCGACUCCCCAGUCGUCAUGGUCUCACCUUAUCGCAAUGUCAAAGAGCACUGCUCAUCUCUCGUGACCUUCUCCAAGGACCAAUUGAUACGGAUGGACCACAACAAGCAUUACCUCGAGAUCGACCUCCUUCGACCCGAAAGCGGGGUCGACGUAUUCCCGCCUCAAGACCUUUCACCGCUGUGCCUCUACCGAGAACUGCGGUCCCUGAAGAUCACCGGCAUGAUGCAGUCGUAUCAGUCGUACAUUUGGCUCGUGGUGUGGCUGAACCCUCAAUUAAUAGAUCUGACGUUAGAAAUGGCAGGAGAAGCAGGACCCUUGGACAAGAAGGCCAUUGCCGAAGCUCAGAAGUAUGCGCAAUGCAAGCCGACAAUGCGAGAGGUCGCGCAGGGCAAGACUAAGACGGAGGUCCUCAAGGAAUUUCACAUAGUUAAUCUGAGCCUGACGAACUUUGUGGUGCACGGAGAAUCCUUCGAGUGGUUCAGUGACCAACAUUUGCAAAACGUGCAACUCCAUCGAUGCAAGGAUACAGAUUUUGAGCUGCCGAGCUUGAUGCAGCGUAGCUUUAACCUUACAGUUACUGCCUGA